AUGGGGAAUUUACCCACAUUUACCCCAAAACUGCACCACUCAUUCCCAAGGACCCAGGUGCCUGUUCCUGCCUAUCCCAAGCGGGGGGAAGUGGGGCUCUCUUCCGCGUAUCGGUACGUACCGCACAGAUAUCCGUAUCUCUUCUGGGAAUCGGCAACCACCAAGCUUUUCGAGUCAAACACGCCGGCCUUCCAAGAGUCCAACCAUGGCAAAGCCAACACGCGGGUCCCAUUCAUAGGGCCUAGCCCAAGCUGGAAAACGGAUGGACUGUUUGUCUUCAUUCACCAGCUUAAUUUACCGGCUUAUGCCGUGCCUCCGCGACUCUGGCUGCCUACUUCACCUUUCUUUGAGCUCUUCGUUGUCGUUGGCCAGCCUCGAUCCUCGGUGCCGCGGCGGAUCAUAACCUCGAUCAUCCUGUUAUCAUAUUCCAGCGGUGAAGAAGCUUGGUAUGGAAUCCGGACAAGAGGGUUGCCUCCGAGGCUGGUUGCCACUGACGGCAUCGAAUCAUGUUACCUUUGCCUCCAACAGAUCCGAGGUCUUGGUGCCGGCGGUCCAUUGCCUCUGAAGGGGGUCAAAUUGUGUUUCAUCGAUCGCAGCGCUCCCAGACUGCUACCUUGGACGGACUUGAAGGCGUUUUCCCGGCUGACCAUGGCCUCGGGAGUGGCUCUUCCUCCUAAAUGCCCAGAGGUUCCUCGGCCAGGUCUCUCGUCUUGGCUUCUCGUGGGCAGGUACUAUACGGUCGAACUCUAA